AUAAUCAAGAAUGCAGGCCUUUGAGCCGAACUUCCUGGGAUCAGAUCCCAGCCCUGCUACCAACUGGUCAUAUAUCCUUGGGCAGCUACCUAGCAUCUCCGAGCCUCAGCCUGUCACUUUAAAGUCAAGAAGCUAACUGCUACCUUUUAGGGUAGUGAUGAGGAACAAAUGGGGUAAUGCAAGUAAAAGCAUCAACUCUUGGGGGUCCCUGUUGGCUGGUGGCUGUCACAGAAGGGAGUAGGAGGCCUUGCUCUCUUUCCCCAUUUUACAAACAGAACUGAACACCAAACCGCGAACGGGGCCCCUUCCCCUGGAUUCCUGACCCACCUGCAAUCCAGCAACUCAACUGAUGGAGAAGCAUUUGACCUAGAGGGAAGAGGCCUGGCAGAAGGGACUCGCUGAGCCACCCCCGCUCUGCUCCAUGUUGGCUGUGCUCUCAGGCUGGCGCCAUGCCCCCCCCAGCAGAGGUGACAGACCCGUCCCAUGCCCCUGCCGUCCUGCGCCAGCUCAAUGAGCAGCGGCUCCGUGGCCUCUUCUGUGACGUCACCCUCAUAGCCGGAGACACCAAGUUCCCUGCUCACCGCAGCGUCCUGGCUGCUUCUAGUCCCUUCUUCAGAGAGGCCCUGCUCGCUUCAGCCCCACUGCCCCUCCCACCAAUUACUGGGGGCUCUGCCCCCAACCCUGCCUCCACCACAGCUUCUUCCUCCUCCUCCUCGUCCUCUUCCUCUCCCCCUCCACCCUCACCUCCCGCUUCAUCCCCACCCCGGGUCCUGGAGCUGCCAGGGGUCCCAGCAGCUGCCUUCUCUGAUGUCCUCAAUUUCAUCUACAGUGCCCGGCUGGCACUACCUGGUGGUGGAGGGGACGGGGCAGCUGUGGCAGAGAUCGGCGCUCUGGGGCGGCGUCUGGGCAUCUCCCGCCUGCAGGGCCUGGGGGAGGGAGGUGAUGCCUGGGCACCUCCUGCCCCAGCCCCCAUGGCCACCUCGCAGCCUGAAGAAGACAACUUCGGGCCUGGGCCUAGGCCAGCCGGGGAGUGGGAGGGUGACAGGGCUGAGGCCCAGGCCCCUGACUCACAGCCUCCCCUGCCCCGGCGGCCCCUCCCCUGCCCCCGAUGUGGGAAAAGCUUCAUCCAUCCCAAGCGGCUGCAGACCCAUGAGGCACAGUGUCGUAGGGGGGCCAGCACUCGGGGGUCUGCAGGGCUGGGAGCCGGGGGCUCUGGCCCCAGUGGCCCUUCAGGAGUGGACGCCUCAGCCCUGCCCCCACCAGUGGGCUUCCGAGGUGGUCCCGAGCACGUGGUGAAGGUGGUGGGCGGCCACGUGCUGUACGUGUGCGCGGCCUGUGAGCGUUCCUACGUGACCCUGUCCAGCCUGAAGCGGCACAGCAAUGUACACUCGUGGCGGAGGAAGUACCCCUGCCGCUACUGUGAGAAGGUGUUCGCCCUGGCUGAGUACCGUACCAAGCACGAGGUGUGGCACACCGGGGAACGCAGGUACCAGUGCAUCUUCUGCUGGGAGACCUUUGUCACCUACUAUAACCUGAAGACCCACCAGCGAGCCUUCCAUGGCAUUAGCCCGGGCCUCCUAGCCAGUGAGAAGACGCCCAAUGGAGGCUAUAAGCCCAAGCUCAAUACCCUCAAGCUGUACCGCCUGCUCCCCAUGCGGGCGGCCAAGCGGCCCUACAAGACCUACAGCCAGGGAGCCCCCGAGGCCCCCCUUUCUCCGAGCCUCAACACUCCGGCCCCUGCGGCAAUGCCGGCCAGCCCACCACCCGGACCCCCACCUGCCCCAGAGCCUGGCCCCCCACCGUCUGUCAUCACUUUUGCCCACCCAGCUCCCUCUGUCAUUGUACACGGGGGUAGCACCAGUGGUGGAGCAGGGAGUGGGCCGGCCAGCACAGGGGGGGCCCAAGCUGCCUCAGUCAUCACUUACACUGCUCCGCCACGGCCCCCCAAAAAACGUGAGUACCCACCUCCUCCCCCUGUGCCUGCAGCUGCCCCAGCCAGCCCAGCCCCAGCCGGCAGCCCAGCCACAGCCACGGAGGAGGCCAAGGGCCGGAACCCACGGGCCACAAGGACUCUGACCUACACGGCCAAGCCAGCUGGUGGGCUUGGUGGGGGCGGGGGUCCCCCUGCAGGGCCUGGCCGGGGUCCCUCUCAGCUGCAGGCUCCACCUCCACUGUGUCAGAUCACUGUACGAAUCGGUGAGGAGGCUAUUGUCAAGCGCCGCAUCUCAGAAACUGACCUGCGUCCCGGGGAGCUGAGCGGAGAGGAGAUGGAGGAGAGCGAGGAGGAGGAUGAAGAGGAGGACGAGGAGGAGGACGAGGAGGAUGAGGAGGACGAGGAGGAGUCGAAGGCUGGCGGGGAGGACCAGCUCUGGAGGCCCUACUACUCGUACAAGCCCAAGCGCAAGGCUGGAGCCGCAGGCCCGGGCAGCAGCGGGGGUGGCGGGAUGCCCAGAGGCCGCCGGCCGCCUCGCUGGAGACAGAAGCUGGAACGGAGGAGCUGGGAGGAGACCCCGGCGGCCGAGGGCCCCGCAGGGCGUGCCCGUGGCGAGCGGAGGCACCGCUGCGGGGACUGUGCCCAGACAUUUGCCACCCUGAGGAGGCUGCGCAAGCACCAGGAGGCCCACGGCGGGGGCUCCCACAACUCUCGGGCUGGACGGAAGCCUUCCACCCGCUUCGCCUGCCCUCACUGCGCCAAGGUGUGCAAGACGGCAGCCGCCCUGAGCCGCCACGGGCAGAGGCAUGCUGCCGAGCGGCCCGGGGGUACCCCCACGCCUGUCAUUGCCUACUCCAAGGGCUGCGUUGGCACCCGAGCCGGGGACGUCAAGGAGGAGGCUCCCCAAGAGAUGCAAGUCUCCUCAUCCAGCGGGGAGGCGGGUGGCGGGAGCGCUGCUGCUGAGGAAGCUUCCAAAACCGCCUCGCUCCAGGACCCUGUCAUCUCAGGGGGGGAGGAGCCCUCAGUGGUGGCAGGAGGGGGUACCUAUGCAUACCCACCUGUGCAGGAAUUUCCACUGGCUCUGAUCGGGAGCGGCCGGGAAUCUGGCAGUGGCAGGGGAAAAGCUGGGAGUGAGGGGCCAGUGGGGGCUGGGCGGGGGGACCGGAUGGAGGGGAUGGGGGCUGCCAAAGUCACCUUCUACCCUGAGCCCUACCCACUCGUCUAUGGGCCCCAGCUUCUUGCCGCCUACCCUUACAACUUCAGCAACUUGGCCGCUCUCCCAGUUGCUCUUAACAUGGUCCUACCUGAUGAGAAGGGUGGGGGGGCCCUUCCCUUCCUACCAGGGGUCUUUGGCUACGCAGUCAACCCUCAAGCAGCACCCCCUACCCCCCCAACUCCACCGCCCCCAACUCUCCCUCCACCAGUCCCCCCUAAGGGAGAAGGGGAAAGGGCAGGGGUUGAAAGAACCCAGAAGGGAGAUGUGGGGUGAGCUCUGGGCCCAGAUCCCCCCUUUCACCAGAUGCCACCCUCCCUGAACCCCCGCCACUACCAGCUCCCUGGCCUCCCUGCCCCUUGGGAGCCCCUCCACACUCUUGUGCAGGGACUUGGGGGCCUCUGGAGCUCAGGGGUCAGGCUGCUUUGUGUGAGAUUGUAGUUUUCCCACCACCUGGGAAGGGAUCUUUGGUGGUUCCCCUCUCAGUUCUCCUCCAGGGAAUGGCCUCCGUGAGGGGCAGGGCCAGCUCCCAUCCUUCUCCAGCCCUUGGGGCAACUGAGCAAUAUACUUAAAUGAAUCUCUACUCAUAGCCCCCACCAGCUCUGAAUGUCUAACCCGCCCCCCUGAUUCGUAAACCUAGGGGGAAACCAUCUCUCUCACCUAAUGUUCCCCCCCUCGUUCUGAAGCUUUCUCUAAGCCCUUGCCCAGAUGCUUCCCAGCACAUUCCAUCCUUUGUGGCCCAGGGCCUGGACCAGACCAUUGUGAUACCUGACACUUACUCACCUGGGAGUGUGGCUUUGGAUUCCAUUCUCCCCGACGGUGGGUUUCUGUGCCCAUUUCCUUCACAUUAAGAUGCCAUCCCUUCCUUGGCUUCCAUGCCUUUGGAUCUUCCAUAUUCCUCCUUAUACUCCUAGACUCUGGAGAUGGCCUCUCCCAUCCAGGUCAAGGAGGUGCUGGGGGGAGGGCUACCUAUCUGUUCCAUGGCUGAGUACUUUCCCAGCCCAGGGCAGCACCAAUCUCAGCCCUACUUUGACCCUCAAAUCUCGUGAGCCCCAGACUCUUCCAAGGCAAAAGAAGUAGGUAGAUUGCAUCUCUUCCUGCCUCUACAUAUGGCCUCUUCUGGGCUAAACCAGAUUUGGGGGCCAGGAGGGAGGAGCUCUAUAUGGAAUGGGGAAGGGAAUCUACUUUCUCCCUGUUUUUUUUCCCGAUGGUUUCUCCCAGACUAGACCAAAUAGCCAGAAAAAUGGAUGGGGGUUGGAUGGGUGGGUAAGCCCAAGAUUUGCACAUGACCUCCCAUCCUUACCUUAACCUCCUUUUUUCCCCCAGUAUCACUUCCCUCACCAAUCACUCCAGAUGGUUUUUGGUGAACCAUCCUACUCCCUUGGUGGGCUUUGGGGUAUCCCCACCAACUUUCCCUGCAAAAUAGCACCUUACACCCCAUCUUUGACUCAGUUCCCCACGCCCAAAGAUCCCAGCCUAGGGAUGGGGUACAGGGACCUUAUAAGUCCCUAAUCCCUAAUUUGCACUAGUUAACCCUGGUCAGGGGUCCCUAUGUUUCCUUCCAGUGGGGGAGUUGAAGAAAUGUUUGCUCCUAAUUCUCUUUGAUAACUGGGCCUCCCCACUCUGUGAUUGGAUGAACAUUUUCCAUCCACCCACCUCCCCCCCCCAGAAAAAAAAAAAACAGCUCACGAGGGGAGAGCCAGUUUGGGGGAGCAAAUUUGAAAAAUGGGAAUUAGAGGAGUGCAGUUUAAAAAGGGGAAAAGUUGUCAUCAAAAUGGCAGCCUUUUUCUCAGCUACUGUUUUUUGGGGCCAAGAUGGCUGCCCUCUCAACUGAUGCUGAAAGGGCAAGAUCAUGGCUUUUGGAGGGAGGGGGUUUGGGGGGAGGGACAGGACCAACCUCCUGCCUCUUCUUGCCCUCCCAGCAUACGGAAAGGGGAGGUUUUCGACAGGCUCCCUGAAUGUUAACCACGGAGGAGUGUCGCUCCUUCACUCCUCCUCUGUCUCUUUGCACUUUUCUUGGUCUUGGCCACAGUCCGAGUGAAGAGUUUCCUACUGAAUGUACCAUACCGAGUUCCAAUUUUUAAGGGGGAGAAAAGUUUAAAACGGGGAAAAAUGCAAAAAAAAAAAAAAAAAAUCACAAAAAAAAUUCCCACAAAUCUUGUUUCUGGCACUUUAGAAAAACUGCGAAUAAAAGUACAUAAUAAAGAAUACAUAUAUAUCUACACGCAAAUUAUAUAUAUAAAAUAUAUAUAUAUAUAUAUAUAUAUAUAUAUAUAUAUAUAUAUAUAUAUAUACACACAGCGGAACCACAAGAGAGACUGAGGAAGGCCUUGGAGGCAGGGGGCAGAUGCGAUAACAGUCCCCCUAUAUCCUUAACCUGCACUCCUCUGAGGCAAAAAGGCACAGAGAUUUAAGGGGUUGAGGAUGGACCAGGGAAUUUGAAUUUCAGAACAGGUCAAAAUUCUAAAACCAUGGACAUUUUGGGAGAACUGAGAAUGUAGACAUUUAUUUUUUUGAAAAUAUGAUUUAGGAAAAUAGUUUCCAGAAUUUGGUGGUUCUGGGCAACAAAGGAGAUUGUGGCGAAAUGGCAAUUAAAAUACAUGUAUCGGAGUUGGGGAACUUGAAUAUUGUGAAUUUCACAUGUUGGAAAUUUGGGAUUUUGCAAUUUUGUCUUUUGAAAAUUAUUAAGUCUUGUCAGUUUGUGCCCUCUUUCCCCAUGUUCCCUGGGAAGAAGGGUGACGGUGGAGUGGGAAGGCCACUGGUUCUGUGCCACAGCACACAAGAUUUAGAAUUCUACAGACUCUAGCUCUAUACGUAGUGAGGACCCAGAUUUAGAGAAACUGACCAAUAUUUAUCUCCGCAUUUGUGUGUGUGUCCAACUCUCUAGGCCAAUAAACCAACAAGACAAACGAA